AUUGAUGGAUAGACUGGCAAAAAUGAAAAAGUCAAGACAAGAUUCGAGCAAGGAGCGUUUGAUCUACUCCAGGAACCCCGAUACGACUACAGAACAGAACGAAAUGAAAGAAACAAACUGGAGAUCAAUGAUGCUUUUUAAGACUUUUCCUGUGAGAGAAUCACGCCACACAAUGCCACAGAUAAAAUCCUACAGGCCAACUACUGAAGAAGUUACUCGGUGGGCUCAGUCUCUGGACAACUUGCUGAGCAGCAAAUGUGGAUUAACCGCUUUGCGACUGUUCAUGAAGUCUGAAUACAGCGAGGAGAAUAUCGAGUUCUGGAUGGCCUGUGAAGAGUUCAAAAAGAUCAGGUCCAGAUCAAAACUCGAAUCCAGGGCAAAAACCAUAUACGAUAAAUUCAUCAGGCCAGAUUCUCCAAAAGAGAUCAACCUGGACUUCUACACAAGGGAGUCCCUCCAACAAAGCCUUCUGAUCCCAAUGCAGUCCAGUUUCAAAGCAGCCCAAAACAGAGCUUACUUCCUGAUGGAGCACAACUCGUACCCUCGGUUCCUGGACUCUGAACUCUAUCACCGGCUCUGCAGAUUUGCUGCAGGAGAGCGAUAAUGUUUUCAGUCGCUGUAUUUCAACAAAUAGCCGGUCCGUUUUAGAAUGCUGUGCAUCUAGUGUUUCAUGUUCUAUGUAGUGAUUGUGCUACUAUGAUUUUAGUGUAUUUAAAUAUUGCAUAUUUUGCACAGAUUUGUAAAUAGUUAAGGUGUCAUGAUGAAUGUCUGGUAUUGGUAUUGAGUGUUCACAUAGUAGUAUCUAUGUUUUGGUGUUUACUUGUAGGUCUUUUUAUUAUUAUUUUUGCUUUUCAAUGAAAGUAAUAAAAACAUUUUUUUUUAAUUGUCAUUCCAUUACUUUCUGGAUUUUUGGGGGCACUGCUGUUAAAACAAAAUGUAAGCAAAAGGUGUAUAAACGUUUACCGGCUGACAUUGGAGUUUU